GGCUCGUGCGCGUCGCAGAUCUCAGCAUACUUGCAACCAUCCGUGCCCAGACUCUACAUUCCUUUAAAUCAAUACUCAUCUGUCGUGUGCUGCUGGUGGCACUGCCGUGCGAUAGCUGGCUGGAGAGAGACGGCAACACCUCACACUGCAGCUGCAGAUCCAGCGCGCACGACGCAGCGGCAAGCAACCGCGACGACGUCGACGCCACGCAUGCUUGCAACAGCACAUCACACUGGACCUUGCAUCCGGUGGACGUUGCGACCGCGACGCCGUCGACGUGACGCCACCGACGACCGCGGCAACUGAGAGAGGAGCGCUUCGCGAGAGCAGUUCGCGCUCACCAUCACGCACACAGGUCGCAGCAGCCAUGAAGGUCGUCCUAGCACUAGCGCUGUCGGCGGAAGCCCUGAACGUCGCGCGGAACCCGAACUUCGCGAAACUCCAGGGCGGCUACCUCUUCCCCGAGAUCGGCCGCCGCCGCUCCGCGUUCGUCGCGGCGAACCCCGACAAGGCCGACAAGAUCAUUUCCUUGGGCAUCGGCGACACCACCAAACCGAUCCCCGAGCACAUUCUGUCUGGUUUAGUGGAAGGCGCGUCGAAAUUAGGCACGCAGGAGGGCUACAGCGGCUAUGGCGCCGAGCAGGGCAUGGGCGACUUGCGGCAAAGAAUCGCCGAGUCGUGCUACGCCAACACGAACAUCAAGGCCGACGAGGUCUUCGUGUCGGACGGCGCCAAGUGCGACAUUGCUCGUUUACAGAUCAUGUUCGGCUCCGGCGUCACGUCGGCGGUGCAGGACCCGUCGUACCCCGUCUACGUCGAUACCUCUGUGAUGUUUGGGCAAACGGGCGAGGUCGAUGCGAACGGCCAGUUCAACAAUCUCGUGUACAUGAAGUGCCCCAAGGAGAACAACUUCUUCCCUCAUUUAGAUGAAGUGCCGAGAGCCGACGUCUACUACUUCUGCUCGCCGAACAACCCGACGGGCGCCGUCGCGACGAAAGCCCAGCUCGAAGAGUUAGUUGCGCGCGCAUUGAAAGAUGGUAGUAUACUAGUCUUCGACGCGGCGUACGCCCCCUUUAUCAAGACGCCGGGCGUGCCCACCAGCAUUUUCGAGAUCCCCGGCGCCGAGAAGUGCGCCAUCGAGGUGAACUCCUUCUCCAAGUACGCCGGGUUUACCGGUGCUCGGUUGGGCUGGACGGUGGUCCCGGAUGCCCUGGAGUACUCGGACGGCAGCAAGGUCCGCGACGACUUCAACCGCGUCAUGACGACGUGCUUCAACGGCGCGUCGAACGUCAUCCAGAGCGGCGGCAUGGCCUGCCUGUCGCCGGAGGGCAAGAAGGAAAUUGAUUCACUCAUUGAUUACUACCUGGGCAACGCGAAGAUCCUGCAAGGGUUGGCGGAUGAUCUCGGCCUGGACUACAUCGGCGGCGACGACUCUCCCUACGUCUUCGUGGACUUGAAGGGCCACUCGUCCUGGGACACCUUCUCGACGAUCCUCGAGGAGUGCCAGGUCGUGACGAUUCCCGGCGCCGGCUUCGGGCCCGGCGGCGAGGGCUUCCUGCGCUUCUCGGCCUUCGCGCCGCGCGAGGCCUGCGAGGAGGCGCGGCGCCGCAUCUCGCAGAUCGACAUCUUCAAGGGGCAGUAGGUUUGAUGCGUAAGACUAUAAGUUACUCGA